CAUCAGAAAGGUACUGAUAAGAAAUCAACAAAUAAGAAUGGAUGUUGCUGAUUGGUUUGGCAAGUUAGCUGCCCUACCUCAACCAGACGCCUUUAAUAUCACAAAACUACCUUCGUUAUUAUUUAUUCAUUGCCUUCGCACAUGUUUUGAUCCAGCUACCUCUCCCUAAAUCUUUCACAAUAUCCUCUACUUUUAAAAGGGUUGGUCGCUUAAACCAUCUUCUCAAUUGCGCUCUCUCAGUUCUUCCCCAAUAUGAAGGUCUCCGUGGUUUCUCGCUCAGGUAGAGAAGUUAUCAAAGGUGGCCUCGAACUUAACGAUUCGGCUACCGUAACUGAUUUGCAGGAGGCAAUUUAUAAGCGAACUAAAAAGUUUUACCCUUCUAGACAACGAAUAACCCUUCCUCUCCCACCGGGAUCAAAGGAGAGGCCUACUGUCCUCAAUUACAACAAGAGUCUCAAAGACUAUUGUGAUGGAAACUCGGGCAACUUGACCAUAGUGUUCAAGGACCUGGGCCCACAAGUUUCUUACCGGACACUUUUCUUCUGGGAGUACCUUGGUCCUUUGAUCCUCUACCCUGUUUUUUACUACUUCCCUGUGUACCAAUUCUUUGGCUACAAAGGGGAGCGUGUCGUCCACCCAGUUCAAACAUAUGCUUUAUACUAUUGGUGUUUCCACUACUUCAAAAGAAUUAUGGAAACUUUUUUUGUGCACCGCUUUAGCCAUGCAACCUCACCACUUUCCAAUGUGUUCCGCAAUUGCGCAUACUAUUGGACUUUUGGUUGUUACAUUGCUUACUAUGUGAACCACCCACUUUACACCCCUGUUAGUGAUCUCCAAAUGAAGAUUGGGUUUGGGUUUGGAUUGCUUUGCCAAGUCUCAAACUUUUAUACACAUAUCUUGCUUAAGAAUCUACGCAACCCUAAUGGCAGUGGAGGAUAUCAAAUCCCACGUGGGUUUCUUUUCAAUAUUGUGACAUGUGCAAACUACACAACAGAAAUUUAUCAGUGGUUGGGUUUCAAUAUUGCAACACAGACUGUUGCAGGUUACAUCUUUCUUGUGGUUGCUGCUGCUAUCAUGACCAAUUGGGCCCUUGCAAAGCAUCGUCGCUUGAAGAAGCUAUUUGACGGGAAGGACGGAAGGCCAAAAUAUCCACGACGAUGGUUGAUAUUGCCCCCGUUUCUGUAGAAGUAAACAAGCAUGUCUAUUGUUGGUUAACUCUUGGAUUCAACAACUAGAAUGCUAGUGAGAUAUGAAUUAGAGAUCGGGAGUUCACAUAGUUUUGUAAUUGGGUCCAGUCAUUCAUUCCGACGUUGUACUUCGUUUCAAUUUCGUAAUUUGUUGUCUAUAUGUAAUAACUCUGGGAAUUUUUUUGAGCCUUGUUGGUUUAGUAUUUCGUGCAUGGUUUUCUUGA